AACGACUUACAGCAAUCUCAAGAGCCACUAAUAUUAUAUAGACCUAUCAUGUCUGAAGAACGUGCAAAGAAGAGGUCCAAGACUGCCAAGGAAGUGGAUCCAAAAGAUAACCCAUAUUUGGCACACUUGCAACCAACAAACGAGUUUUCACAAGUCGACUUCCAUGGUUUAAAAGCUGGUAAUACAACAGGUGCUCAAGCUGAAGUUGUAGAAAACGGCGACAUCAAUCCUUUCAACAACAAGCCUUUCUCCGCAAAGUAUAAGAAGAUUUUGGAAGGUCGCCGUAAAUUGCCUGUCCAUGCUCAGCGCAAUGAAUUUUUAGAGAUGGUACACAACAACCAGAUCAUUGUGCUUGUCGGUGAAACUGGAUCAGGAAAGACUACUCAAAUCCCGCAGUUCCUUGUCUACGAUGAUCUGCCCAACCUCAAGAAAAAGCAAAUCGCCUGUACUCAACCUCGUCGUGUCGCUGCCAUGUCCGUGGCUCAGCGUGUAGCUGAUGAAAUGGAUGUCCCUCUUGGUCAACAAGUUGGUUACAACAUUCGUUUCGAGGACAACACCAGUCCCUCAACCUUUUUAAAAUACAUGACGGACGGUAUGUUGCUCAGAGAAGCCAUGUCUGAUCCCCAAUUAUCCAGAUAUUCGGCUCUUAUUCUUGAUGAGGCUCACGAAAGGACCCUGAAUACCGAUAUUCUUAUGGGUCUUGUGAAGGAAAUCUGCAAGCGAAGACAGGACCUCAAGGUCAUUGUCAUGUCUGCUACUCUUGAUGCUGGAAAGUUUCAAAAGUAUUUCAACAAUGCUCCGCUUCUUAAUGUACCAGGUCGUACUUUCCCUGUCGAAAUUUACUAUACGCCAGAGCCUGAAAGAGACUAUUUGGAAGCCGCCAUUCGCACAGUACUUCAAAUCCACUUGUGUGAAUCUGAAGGUGACAUCUUGGUGUUCUUGACAGGUGAAGAGGAAAUUGAAGAUGCGUGUAGAAAAAUCAAAGCAGAGGCGGAUGAGCAAAUAAGACAAGUUGACUGCGGUCCGCUCAAGGUAGUCCCUCUGUACUCUUCACUUCCACCCAACGCACAACAACGAAUUUUCGACCCAGCUCCACCAGCACGUAAGGCAGGUGGUGCACCUGGUCGUAAAGUCAUCGUGUCUACCAACGUUGCUGAAACUUCCUUGACCAUUGAUGGUAUCGUGUAUGUUGUGGAUCCCGGAUUCUCCAAGCAAAAGGUGUACAAUCCAAGAAUCCGAGUUGAAUCUCUUCUUGUGUCUCCCAUCUCCAAGGCUUCUGCUCAACAACGUGCAGGUCGUGCUGGACGUACACGACCAGGAAAGGCUUUCCGUUUAUAUACCGAGAAUGCAUUUGUCAAGGAAUUGAUCGAACAGACAUACCCAGAAAUUCUUCGCAGCAACCUUGGCACUGUGGUUCUUCAGCUCAAGAAACUCAAGAUUGAUGAUUUGGUUCACUUUGACUUUAUGGACCCUCCGGCUCCAGAAACUUUGAUGCGUGCUUUGGAACUGUUGAACUACCUUGGUGCUCUUGACGACGAUGGUAAUCUGACUCCUCUUGGUGAAAUCAUGUCCAUGUUCCCAUUGGACCCUCAGCUCAGCAAGAUGUUGAUUGAAAGCCCUGGAUACUAUUGUUCAAAUGAAAUUCUGUCCAUCACAGCUUUGCUAUCAGUUCCCCAAAUCUUCAUUCGUCCCAAUGAAGCAAGAAAGGCUGCCGACGAAGCAAAGGCUCAAUUUGCUCACCCAGAUGGCGAUCACCUUACCUUACUCAACGCUUAUCACGCCUACAAAACCAAUGGUGCAGAUCCUAAAUGGUGUUAUGAUAAUUUUUUGAAUCAACGUUCUUUGAAGUCUGCCGACGACGUGCGCAAGCAAUUGAAGCGGACCAUGGAACAGUAUGAUUUAGACUUGGUAUCUACCAACUUUGAAGAUAAGAAUUAUUACACCAAUAUUCGCAAAGCUAUGGUGUCUGGCUAUUUCAUGCAAGUAGCCCAUUUGGAACGUACAGGCCAUUACCUUACUGUCAAGGAUAAUCAAGUGGUUGUCCUUCAUCCAUCAUGCUGCUUAGAUCACAAGCCUGAAUGGGUACUCUACAAUGAAUUUGUGUUGACUACACGAAAUUAUAUUCGAACAUGCACAGAAGUCAAGGCUGACUGGUUAUUGGAUUGCGCACCUCAAUAUUAUGAUCUCACCAACUUUCCCAAUUGCGAAGGCAAGCGGGUACUAGAAAAAGUUUGCGCACGUAGAGCUUCACGUGGGUACCAGGACGACAAGAAGUCUUCGAAGCAGCGAAGAAAGUAGCGGAGUUCCCGGUUGAAUUGUGCCUAAAAAAUAAAAAUCCGUUUCUCAAUUUACAUGUGUCAUCAUUUUA